GCAACCAACGUGCGUGUCGUGUGGCGUUGCCGAGUUCAAACGCUCGUCGCAUUAGUUAGCUACGAGUCGUGUGUAUUAUAGUGACUAGCAUACAAAUAAUUUAUAUUAUUAUGAUUGUGUCGAAAUCUGUUCAUCAUUCCGUUUUUGUGUAAUAAUUUAUAAUUUUACAAAUGUGUCAUUUAAAAUCAAUCUACUAAAAAACAUUGUUUAGUACUACUCUGUGUUUCCAUACAGAUGACAUUUCAUGAUUUUUUAGUGUCAUAGACUUGACGUGAAGUGAAAUAAAUGUGGUCUUUAUCAUAAAAAAAUAUAUUACAUCAAAUUUUUAUUUCUAGUGAAAUUUUUAUUAACGAGUUUUCGUUUUGUAUAUAGAAAAAAAAAAAAUUAUCUGAAUCAAGUAUAUUAUUAAUACAAAGGAUUCAAUAUACCUUUCGUGCAGAAUAAUGUGUUCGUAUAGAAAAAAUAAAACAAUAUUGUGAUGUGAUUUAUGUUUUGUGUAAAUUACGGAUCGUGGCCUCUGGAAAGACACUAGUGGAUUCAACAGUGCAUCAGAAUAGGCCUGUAAGUGAGCACUGUGAAAACCAAAUGUGCGUGAUACAAGUAUUAGCGUCGAAAAAAAAUCUUUUAAAUAUGACUCUGGCUGCGAGGUUGUCUCCACAUAAUCCAUGUCUAAAUGUAGGUGUACCAGGGGUCGGCAUUGCCGCCAGCUGUCCAACCUGCAGGAACGAGUUCCUGCUCAGCCUGGGCCCUAUCACUGGCAAGUGGCCAGUGCACGCCCACACACCUGCCACCUCACCGUUCACUACCCGGCCAGCAUACUCACCACACUCUCCACUUUAUGCCGCCACAUGUUCACCAUUCUACCUGCCACAAUUCAAAGAUGAAAUCAAAAGGCUAAAUGAUACAUUUGAAGUUUUAAACCUGUCAGGAUGGUUCUACGAGCGAUUAGAUUUACAGGGUGCCCAGAAUUUAUUGAAAGAUGCGAGCAUAGGCGCAUUCCUAAUACGGCGGUCUGGCGAUAAGAAUUUUAUUUUCUCCCUCUCAGUACAAACGGAUCGGGGGCCCACAUCGGUUCGGAUACAUUUCGAGGAUGGAUUCUUUAGGUUAGACUGUGAUACAUCAUUAGUAAAGUACAUGCCGCGGUUCAGAUGCGUAGUCGAGAUGGUGCAACACUACAUCCUCGUCGGUGAGAGGGGCGCCGCUGGCACCGUAUGGGUCAACAGGGAGGGCUGCCCACAUUCGCCCGUCCUGCUCACCAGCCCCUUCAGGAAAAACCCGCCGACGUUAAAAGAAGCUGCCCGGCUCGCUAUACAUAAAGCUUUAGACUCAAAUCCCUUGAAGCCAAAACUUUGGUGCGCCCCCAAACAUAGAUUAUUACCUCUACCCCCCACUCUAAUAGACUAUCUCGGUAAAUAUCCAUACUCGAUCUAACACUAGAAUCUGUGUAAUUAUUUAGUCAAUAGCAUCUAAUAUCUGAACGAUGUUUAUAGAUGUAUCUAGUAUAUGAAAUUGAGAAAUGUGUGAGUAAAGGCGUAUAAGUGAAUAAUAGCUAUAUUGUGAGUAUCGUACGCCUGUUAUCAUACUAUUGUAUUUAAUUUGUACAAAUGCAAUAUAUUUACACUGUAUCUAGUACAGGAUGCUAGUAAUAAAGGGCUGGACCUUUUAUUUUUAAUAGCAAACUAACAGACUAUUAAUUUAUAAUAAUUAAUGAAUUGUAUUAUUUAUAAGUAUUCAAUAUGGGACUCAACUAUGGUAUUUAGUGGAAUUUUUACGCAAAUUAUUAUUUCUUUAUAAGUCAAAUCUGUAUCUGUAUAUAGAGAUUUGUGCAAAUAACGCAAGACUGAUCAUGAAUGUCUAUUUGUAAAACUGUUUAACUGUUGAGUGUCGUUCCUUAUUAUGUACUAAGUGCGACAAAAGUGUCGCACUCUGUAUGCGCAGCCGUAAAACAUCGCAGCCCACACUUGACUACUGAUAUUGUUAUUUUAGUAAAUUGUUCACUAAUGCCUAAUCUUGUCCAUCGUGUUAAGAAAUCAUCACACUAUUUUAUAUAAUUAUAUUUCUAUUAAUUUAUUUCUUGGUUAAGCGUAGAUUUACUUGUUCCCUAAAUUGUAGGUAAAAGCUGAUAUUUUUUAUCUUUGUUCCUAUAUUUCUGUUAAGUCUUAAAUCCAUUGACAUUCGAUACCGGGCACCGAUUGUAUCAAUCUGUUAGCUAUAAAAUGAAGUGCCAUCGAACAUUUAGUAAACACAAACGUGAAUUGGCCGCAACAAUCACCCAGUGGAAGUAUUUUUGAGGCUGAACGUGUAAAUAACUUUUGUUUUUGUUUUCUAUUUAUUUCAUUACUUUAGUUAGUUAAGUAAAGAAAUGCUGUCACAUAAAUUGUAACCAUAUAAUGGUUUUUCGGUAUACUAUGUCGUGGUGAGUAGAAGGCAGGUUUGGCUAGUGAUGUUUACUAAUGUAGACUUAAUUGUACCUUAAUAAUCUCAAUUAGAAUGUAUUUAAGUUUCACCAAUUUCAUAUAGGUGUCAAUAUUUACAUCCAUAAAUUAUUAUUUAACCUGCAUUAUGUAAUCACGAGAUAAUGUCGGAUCGUAAUAGUCCUCGUUUAUAUCGCCGAACAUAUAAAAUGUUAUUUAAUUUAAAACAAGAUUAUUUUUAUACAAUUUUGUAAGGGAAAGCACCAACUAAAUAAGUGUGACAUAAUAGAAGGAAACUCGUGUUUCAAUGUUUAUAAAAUAAUGUAUAAAAAGAACUGCAAAUAAUUUAUUAUAAAAAAACAAAAUAUACAAUCUGUCUUGAAAA